CUGAUCCAGCCGGUCUUCUGUCUUCUACACUCAGAACCACGAGAGGCAGGACCUACACGCGAUCAUUCUAAAAAUUAAAGCCAUGUCUGCCGAGACUGCAACCAGCCACAUGAAUGGAGAUGUUCCCAGGACGUUCCUGUUUACCUCAGAAUCCGUAGGAGAGGGACAUCCAGAUAAGAUCUGUGACCAGAUCAGUGAUGCAAUCCUUGACGCACAUUUGAAGCAGGAUCCUAAUGCUAAGGUGGCCUGUGAAACUGCCACCAAGACUGGUAUGAUCCUGCUGGCUGGAGAGAUCACAUCAAAGGCAGUAGUUGACUACCAGACUGUUGUUCGUAAUGUUGUCAAGAGGAUCGGCUAUGAUUCCUCGGACAAGGGUUUUGAUCACAAGACCUUGAACCUGUUGUUGGCCAUUGAGCAACAGUCUCCUGACAUUGCCCAGGGAGUGCAUGAGAGCCGUAACGAGGAAGACAUUGGAGCUGGUGAUCAGGGUUUGAUGUUUGGCUAUGCCACGGACGAGACAGAGGAGUGCAUGCCGCUGACCUGCGUCCUGGCGCACGGGCUGAACAGGCGGACAGCGGAGUGCCGCAGGAACGGAGAGCUGCCCUGGCUGCGCCCCGACACAAAGACCCAGGUGACGGUUGAGUACCGUUUCGAGCACGGCGCCUGCAUCCCCAUCAGGGUGCACACCAUCGUCAUCUCUGUCCAGCACGACGAGACCAUCACCACAGAGAAGCUACGCAAGGAUCUGAGGGAGCACGUCAUCAACAAGGUGGUUCCCAAGGAGCUGCUGGACGACAAGACUGUCUACCAUCUCCAGCCAUCUGGCAAGUUCAUCAUCGGUGGGCCGCAGGGUGAUGCUGGUCUGACUGGUAGGAAGAUUAUUGUGGACACCUACGGAGGCUGGGGUGCCCACGGAGGAGGUGCCUUCUCAGGAAAGGACUUCUCCAAGGUGGACCGUUCUGCUGCCUAUGCCGCUCGCUGGGUGGCCAAGUCACUGGUCAAGGCCGGACUGUGCCGUAGGGUGCUCGUCCAGGUGUCCUACGCCAUUGGCAUUUCGGAGCCCCUGUCCGUCAGUGUGUUUUCCUACGGCACAUCCCAGAAGUCUGAGGAUGAGCUCCUGGACAUUGUGAAGAAGAAUUUUGACCUGCGUCCCGGCAUCAUUGUCAGGGACCUGAAUCUCAAGCGCCCUAUUUAUGAGCCAACCGCCUGCUACGGUCAUUUUGGCCGUGAUGACUUCCCAUGGGAGCAGCCCAAAAAGCUGGAGAUGUAGACACUCCAUAUCUUGCUUCAGAGUAUGCAUAAUGAGAUGCUCCUUUUGCUUACCCCUUAGUAUAGUAAGCCUUAGAAAGAAAUGUAGUUUUACCUUCCACUUGAGCAAAUGUAUGAAGUGUAUGCAAGUCCAUUCUACAAGUUGAAAAGGAAAUCAGGAAAAAUGUCCAAGUAUCUCUAUGUUGGGUACUCGAAUACUGGUUCUUGAGCAAGCGGACAGCCAGUUUGUAGAGACAGGUGGCUUAGAUGGGUCGUCUUACAGAAAAGUCCAUCGAGGAAUGCUCCUGUGUCUACAGCCGGGCCAGACCAAUCUGCGGGUUGUGGCAGGGUGGUACGUACAGAAAACACCCAAUCUACCCACCCCGUGGAUGGUAGUGGUGCAGUCCGCCGCCUUCGAGAGCCAGUACUCGAUAGGAAGGGCUAGACAGGGCGCUUUGGGCCUGAACCAUUCCGUUGGGAAGUUGGAGUUGAAAUUAGCGGGUGUUACUACAGAAAUCGCCUGCUAGUGCUGCCCCCUCCAUGGAUCCGUGCUGCUGCCAAUCCCCCUGGCUAGCCCUUCCUCAGUCAAACUGGUAUUCAAAUCAAAUGUUGUAUCAUCUGUGAUAUUAUGAAUUAUGAUUAACACAAAAGUGUUUAUACGGAAUGAAAUAUAAUGUUGGACCUAAAGCUGGCUGAUGAGAGAAGCUGUAAGCAAGUAGCUUGUGGUCAAUUUGAAGUCACUAAACCCAGAAAAGUAAUCCUCUUUGUAGCAUUAAUGUACUAUGUACCCUUCCUAACAUGCCUUAACAAACUUGUGCUUUGGAAGAAUGUUUCAGACAAGACUGGAGUGUGAAGGCUACACAUAACAUACUAUUGCUAGAACACUUAGGUAGCAACAGCUUACCAUUAUUGUUUUCUCUAUUGUUACAUGUACUUCCAUGUUGUCACAAAUCAUGGGAUCAUAUGAAAACCUUGUUGCAGAUACUGCUGUUCACUCUUGCCCUUUGUACUGUGGGGUUCAGAGGGGGUUCGUUGACCCUCUUGAAUACAGAUGUACCCACUUGCAAUAUGCAUUCCAUAUACUGUAGAGAUUGAGUAGUAUUGUCUGUAACUUGGAUGAGGUGGAGAUUAACGAAAACAGUUCAAAUGGAAUGGACCACUAAAGAGCAAGGGGAUGUGUUUAAAACAAACUUCCACAGAAUAAAGAGAUCAUACAAACGUAACUGAAACAACUGGAUAGAUGGUCAGAUGACUGACGUGGUACAGUCACUGAUAAAGGUGAAGGAUGCUUCCUGUAAAGGUCAACUGCUUCCAAAAUCUUUCCAGCUGUUAGAGUAACUUUUGUGUUGCAUAUCUUGUUACCGGGAUGUCAAACCUUGAUUGACAUAAUUAAAGGAAUCACUUGCACCAGAAGGAUAAAAGUAGCAGUAAGACCUAGAAAAGGUGACACUGGUAGUAUUGUUUUGAAGAAUCUGUCCCCAUGUUCCUGUUUCAUCCCAAAUGCAUAUUUAACCCUAUCCCUGUCGUGCGGCUGAGUUGCUGACACAAAUGUGGUGCCAAAAGGCUAGCCCAGCAGGGAGACUGUUAAGCAGGAGUGUGAAGAGCUCAGGCAGUGGAUCCUUGAAUGGAGGAAAAUGUACUGUCUUGUUGUAGUACAUGAUGAAAAGCCUGGAUAAAAUAUGUCAUCUCUAGCA